GGAUUGUCUAAACUUUGCGACAUUGAGACGCCAUCUCAUAACCCCCAGCACACUGCGCAGCACUUCGGGCGGGAGCACCGCUUGUGGGAUAUCAAGUCCCGCUGAUAUGGAGGUCGAGGAGUAAAAGCAAGCCUAGUUUCUGGAUGCGACGGAACCUUCACUGCAUCGCCGAGAGGUUCGCUUGGACCCGCUCGCUGUCGGUUUGGGAGUCGUCAGUUGCCAAUUGCCAUGCAGCACCCUCGGCGCGCAACAGAAUAGCUUCCUCCAUAACCUACUCCGGCUUCCUCGCCCCCCCGAACUCUCCCCAACUUUCUUCCGCACCAUUGGCACCACGUACUGCUUUCAUGUGCUUUGUCCUUUUUCUACUCCACAUUACCAACUCCAUCCUUUGAACGCGCAUCUCGGACUAGCAACAAUUUCGCCUGCCUCUCAACCUGGCACUCGACCCCCAAUUGCUAGCCGGCGCUUUUGCGCGCACCGCUUGGUUGGCAUGGAGGGAAGCAAUCGUGCUUCGGGCAUGGCGGCGGGGCCCGGGCUCGAGGAACGACCAAAACCCAAUGGAGUCAGGGUGAAAAAGGAGGACACGGGCGAUUCCCCCACGCCAAACGGGCUUAAAAUGGCCUCGCCCGCAUCCAGCAUGUCACUCGACGACGCAAAGUCUGCCGCCGACAGCGCAUCCAUUUCCGAGCUCGGCAACGGCACCGCACCGAAACUAUCACGCAAGCCGUCGCAAAAGAUGUCGAGAAGUCCCCCUCCGCUCUUCGGCCAUCUCCCAGAUGCUACCGCAGAUGCGUGCCGCACAUUUCAGGUAAUCAACGACUGUCUCUAUGGCUCUAGGAAUAUGGGGUCUUCGGACCACGACGCGCUGGAUUGCGAUUGUGCUGAGGAUUGGCGCGACGGCCAGAACCACGCUUGCGGUGAAGAUUCGGAUUGCAUCAAUCGGGCAACAAAAAUCGAAUGUGUCGACGGCGACUGCAACUGCGGCGAUGGCUGUCAGAACCAGCGGUUCCAGCGCAAGCAGUAUGCCAAAGUCUCGGUCAUCAAGACGGAGAAGAAGGGAUACGGCCUCCGGACGGAUACUGACCUGCAGCCUAAUGACUUCGUAUUCGAGUACAUCGGCGAGGUCAUCAACGAGCCGACAUUUCGCAGCCGGAUGAUGAAAUACGACAUGGAGGGCAUCAAGCACUUUUACUUCAUGUCGCUGACCAAGUCCGAGUUUGUCGACGCUACAAAGAAAGGAAACCUGGGCCGGUUUUGCAACCACUCGUGCAAUCCGAAUUGCUAUGUGGACAAGUGGGUGGUGGGCGAGAAGCUGCGCAUGGGCAUUUUUGCCGCCCGCGCAAUUCGGGCCGGCGAAGAGCUGGUCUUCAACUACAACGUGGACCGCUAUGGCGCCGACCCGCAGCCCUGCUACUGCGGCGAGCCCAACUGCGUCGGCUUCAUCGGCGGCAAGACGCAGACAGAGCGCGCGACCAAAUUGCCGAUUGCAACGAUCGAGGCGCUCGGUAUCGACGAUGGCGACAGCUGGGACACGGCGGUUGCCAAGAAGCCCCGCAAAAAGAAGGCGAAUGAGGAUGACGAGGAGUACAUCAACAGUCUGCAGCCCCGUGCGCUUGACGAAGAUGGCGUCAACAAGGUCAUGGCCACACUCAUGCAAUGCAAAGAGAAAUGGAUUGCCGUCAAGCUACUCUCGCGGCUUCAAGCCACUGAGGAUGAGCAUCUCCGCCAUAGGGUGGUGAGGAUGCACGGAUACCAGAUCCUGAAGAGCACUCUCAACACUUUCAGAGACGACACCAACGUCGUCCUGCAAAUUCUCGAAAUCCUGUACCAGCUCCCCAGGAUCACGAAAAACAAAAUCUCGGAUUCCAAGAUUGAAGGAGCUGUGCAGCCCCUCACCUCGUCGCCGCACGAGGAGGUCGCUUUCGCUGCGAAACGAUUGCUUGAGGAAUGGAGCAAGCUGGAAACAGCGUACCGGAUCCCGCGAAAGAAGCACGACCAUACAGGGCCAAGCACUAUCAACUCAUUCGAAGAAGAGCGGCGAAACAAGGAUCGCGAUGAGCCAGCAAAGCCCCCCGACCCCUUUGUCAAUAUCGUAAUCCCCACAGGUCCCCGCAGCAGCAUCCCGCAGCGGAACGCCAGUUACUUCGCUUCGCAACGAGUCCGGAAACCACCUACCAACUUGCCGGCAGGCUGGUUUGUGCACACUGACAAGACGGGUCGGUACUACUUUUACGAUGUCAACGGCAAGACGCAGUGGCAGCGUCCUACCGAGCCCGCCAUUGAGAUCCCCAAGGCGUCUUCCAAGGCGCAACAGGAUCAGAAGACACUCCAAAGCAUCAUCGACAGCCUGACCAAGGAACCGACACCGCGGCAUUCGGCAGGCCACACGCCGCAGCGGUCCAGCACACCGGCCAGCGAGCCCAAGAAGGAAAAGUGGCGUUCUCUGCCCAUCGAGAAGCAGAUGAAGAUCUACGAGAACACCCUAUUCCCUCAUGUGAAGCACGUUGUGGACAAGUUUCACCGCAUGCUGCCCAAGGACGACUUGAAAAAGCUCGCUCGGGAAGUCAACAAGAAGCUUGUCGGUUCGGACUACAAGAACAACCGCGUCGAAGACCCGACGUUCAUCACGCCCAAGCAGGCCAAGAAGGUCAAGGCGUACGUCCAAGACUUCUUCGAACGCGCUGUGGUCAAGUACACAGAGCACGAAAAGAAGAAGGCCCAGAGCUCCGUCAAGCCAGCCUCCGGUAUGACGUCUUCCAAGCCCCGUGAGCCAGGUGAAGCGCCGAGCUCAGUCGCCACUCCGUUCAAGGACGACGCGGCCAUGUCGGACGUGGACGACGGUGCCGCCAGCAGCCCGUGCAGUUCCACCACGGGCCUCAAGCGCAAACGCGAUGACGACAACGACCAGGCCGAGUCGCCCAAGGCACCCCUCUCCGAAGCGCCGUCGGUGAAGCGCGCCAAGGAGGACGAAGCCGACGCCGAUGCCGACGGCCAUGACGCCGCCACCACCAUCAUACCCAGCCCGCCGACACCGCCGCCUCCGCCGAUGGAUACCCCGCCGACCGAGGAGGAGAGAUCAAUGCGCGAGCAGGAAGAGGCGCUGAUGCGCGAGAACGAGGAGGCGCAGCGGUUGGCGGACGAAGCGCAGGUCCACCACGAGGGAGGAGGGAAUCGCGCGGCGAAUGGUGUCGCGGCGCCGGUGACGGAUAUGGACAUAGGCAUGGACAUGGACAUGGACCAGCCGUCGCAGCAGGCUCGGAAGCAACAACAGGCCGUGCUGAGUCACUAGCAGCUGCGCUUGAAAAUGCUCCUGGGAAGGAGUGGAAGGCAGGUGAAGAAAAGCUUGCCUGUUCAAAAUCGGGCCAGGAAGCUGGGGGACGUACAUAUAACAUAUAUUAAUAUUUUCUUGCUUUUCCUGUCUUUUUAGCUGGCCCUGAUAGGCAUAGACGGAUGUUUAUUAUUGCAUGAAGUGGAAAUCUCGGAAUUAACCAUGGAAAGGAAAGGGAAAUGGAAGGAUCUGUUUUCUGUUUUUCAUGGUUCGGACAAACAUGGACACGAUGCCUGCUUACUACAAAUAUCAUUUUAGACGGAGGGACUCUAAACCCGUUACUCGUCUGCUCAUUGAGGCAUUGGUGCCAUUUUUUAGGUGUCAAAUAUGUGGGAUUGAGGGGUGG